AUCGAUUUUUAGCUGUGAAGGAGUUGUAUCGAGUGGGAAUUUUAACUUAUUGUUGUAUUUAAAGGGUUUAAUGUAUGUUUUUCUUACGCAGUUGGCAUAACAAACGGAAAUGGGCGGUAUGGUACGGGCGGAAGGAGUUCGUCUGCUGGAGCUCACAUGUCUGCAGGAAGCCUUAGGACCAUUAUUGGGAUGCCCUUGUUGUUGCUCUGGGCAGCUGCAGCUGCACGAAGAUGUUCGGCGGUCCAGUGGACUGUAUUCAGCAUUGUGUUUUGCAUGCCAGGCAUGUCAUCAUCGUCUCCCUUUGCAUUCUUCAUGUCGUUCAGGUUCGCAGGGCUGGCAGGUUAAUGUGUACACACAACAGGUUAAGGCUCAGCUUGGACUCGGUGAAGAUAUGUUACGCGAUCUCUUUCGCAUUUAUCAGAUACCGUAUCGAGCGUGUAAUGCGUCUGAAGACUGUUCUUCAGGUGAUACUGAUGCACUGCUCAACUGCUUCCUCGAUAGAGGUGAUGCUUUUAGAAGCUUUGUGUGCUCUCUCUGUGAUCAGACUUUUGAAUGUGUAAAAAUGUUGAAACAACACAUGGGUUUACAUACUGUGCACAGUAUAGAAUGUUUAGAUAGUGUCAACAUGAUGGGCUCUCUAGACCGAUCAAGUAAUCAACAGGAAGACGCUCUGCAUGUGCCAAUCGAAUCAAUUGUAACUGAAGCAGCUCUCAAUUUUCCGAGCCCAGACGUAGAAAAAACCUUGCAACUUUCACCAAAGGAAGAAGUAUUCACAUCGUCAGCAUGUAAUCAAAGAUUUGAGGGGUUAGAUUUGCUUGAACAAAACCUUAAUGGAGAUAGUCUGCAUAGUACUUUUGAGUACACAGAGAGUUUUGAGGAAGCAACAAGUAAUUUCUCAGAAUCACUUAGCCAGCCAGUGAAAAGCGAACUUGCACAAAAUAGUUCCAGACCAGGCAUUUCGGGGAACAAAUACCUUUCUUGUAAUUCAUCACCUAACAGUAGUUCAGCUGUCUCAGCUAGCCAAAAGCUUACAUGCUCUGUGCUGGAACAACAGUCUGUGUCACAUAUAGAGCAGAAGAUCCCAUGUGUUGAUGUGAAUUCUUUGCAUUUAGCAAAGCCAAACCACAUUUCUGAGCAAGAAGAGAAAACUGCCCUGGAAAAUAAUAUAGAUGCAAUUGUAAUAAACACAGCUCUACAAUUUCAGACCUCAACUAUUGAAAAUAAUGGUAUGUUAAAUAAACAUACACAAAAUAAUAAGUCAGAUUCUUCUGAGCUACAAUUGUCUACUAUAAAUACUUUAAAAAACAGUGAUUGCAAUAACAGCAACAGCAAUACGUUCUCAAGUUUGGAUAAUGGACGCGGUUUAAAUAGUGGAAUGGUUGAAACAGUUAAUAUCUCUGUCGACAGUUCAGUCAAAGUUGAAACUCGAGCAGUUGAAUUUAGUUCCUUAAGUGAUAAACUGGGAGUCUCACCAACAGAGACUGACAAAGGUGCUUUAGACAACUGCAGCAUUACGGAUUUUAUGUGUAAAAUAUGUGGUCAGACGUUUAAACGUGUGGGUGCACUGAAGCAACACAUGGUACAACAUAAUAGUGGUGGAAGAUAUGUGUGUAGUGAAUGCUCUUCUACUUUUGAUGAUGACAUUCAAUUAAAAAAACAUGUAGGUGAAGUCCAUGCCAAAAGUAAAUACAGUUGUUCAGUUUGUGGGAAAAUCUUCAAAAAAGCCUUCAACCUUGUGCAGCAUGCAAGAACCCAUACAGAGAAAACAAAACACUGUGAAGAGGCUCAAGAAGAAGUAGGUGCCUGCUGAUGGCAUGUUGAAUACAAAUUUCCAUUCUACUAAUGAUUCUAUGGAGGAGAGAAAAGACAUGGAAGAAAAACAUUUGUAAAAUUAAGUUAUGUUUAAUUAUUUAUGUAAAAACAUUGUGUGUAUACUUGUUUAAAUUGUUCUUUGCUUAAUAUGUUUAUGUUAUAUGCUUGGUUGAGAACUGUUAUGCUGCAAGUCAGUACGAGGAGCCAAAUGUAUCCUCACUGCUGAAGAUAAAUGGGUGGAAGGUGACCUUGCUGCCUAAGAUAAAUGGGUGGGAGAUGACCAACGGAUCCGUCACCACAGAAAUCUGGAUAGACAAGCAAAAGAUUAGUGGACACAAGUGCACUUUAAAUAAAUAUAUUAUACUCAGGUUGCGGAUGAAGAAAUGCUGCAGUGUUGACGGCGUGUAGCAGACACGGCUAGUUACAGGCAGAGGCCUGACACAGAAGCACACUGAAUGUUUGCUGGUAGAGCUAGCUACCAACAACUUGAUGUAACAUUUGGCACAAACUAGCAACAUGGAAGUGAUCUUGACUAGCAGAUGCGCUCUGGCGCCUGCCACUUAUAACACCAUCCUGGCAUUUUUCAUUGGUCAACGGCCUGGAGGUUCUUCAGUGGCGACGAUGUUCAAAGCCCACUCGUGGUGCCCACAGGAAUGUUGAGGCAACAGCUUUAGCAGUACCGAUAGACUACGAUACUACAAUAAUACUGACCAUCAAUUCGCAACACAGACAGACACCAAUAUCAAAUUUAUUGUGUAAUGUACUCCUGUUGUGGUUCAUGCAUACUACGGCAAAAUCUUAUCCAUAGUUCUUAUGUGCAGUACUUUGGAGGGUAACAGAAUGGGAUGACACACAAUGAAGAGUGCAGUACAGAAAAUAUCGAACUACCUGAUACUAUCUUGCGAUGUGUACACAAAGCUAUAUAACUAAAUUAGCACACAUUGUAACAAUAUUAUUUGACUGAAUGGAGAUACAUGGAACAUAAAAAUGAUGAAAUGUAUUAAAAUUAUGAUGAAAUAUGGUUUCAGUCUGAAAAUAUGUAUAAAAAUGUAAACAAAUGAUAAAACUUGUAUUUGCAAAAUUCAUAUGAAGAAACCUGAUAGUAAUUGUGUUUAACUGUGUGUAAGGAUCCAGGAUUUAUGCUAGUAUCAGACUCAAACCAAUAUUUAGAAUAUUAUAAACAUUUCUAAACCAAAAAUUACUGUGGAAAGGUAUUUCGUGUAUUUUGGCAAUGAUAACUGUAUUACUUUGGCAU